AUGACUACGACCGAGGAAACGUCACCCGGAUCCGAGCUGGUUGCUAUGAGGGAAAUAUAUCGGGAAAUCUGCCGUGCCCUCAACAUUGAUGCCGACACGGAAAAGCGCUCGUGGCAGUCGUACGAGAAAGCACGCAAUCAGUUCGAUUUGACGGGAGAACCCAAACACUGGAUGUGCUGUGCAUUGUACGUGGCCUGCCUCCAGGAUAUGCCGGUCGUGGGUCAUCCGGAUCACUACAUCCAGGGCAAUGGCGUGAAUAUCUCAAAUCUGCUAUCGCAGUGCAACGUGAGCAUCCAGGAAUUUUUCUCUAAGAUGAAGCAAUGGUCCGGGAUCCGAUCGCUCCCUACCCGGCUGCAGACGGCAGUUGACAAUCUGCACCACGAGUUCUCGGUCUCCAUUGCGGCGUACACCGCGUUCAGCGAGGACUUUCCGCGCAUCUUCAACGAGACCAACAUAACGCCGGACGAACCGAAGCGCAACAAGAAAUCCAAACCAAACCCGUGCUCGUAUAAAAAGCUGCGCGAGUUCAGUUGGUUGCUGUUCCUGAACGUGAAGGAACCGCACAAGGAACAGCGCCACGAUAUCACCACCGCUAUGGAUCUGUCCGUGUGUGUGAUGGACCUGGUCUAUCGCAACGUCGUCGGGGACGGUCGAAUGGACCUUAUCAAUGCGAACGUGUUAACGGAGGGCGGUGGAAAUGCGGUCGAUGGGACGACAGCGGCCGCUGCCGAGGCCGCUCUGUUGAAUUUUAACGUGCGUGAUCUGCUAUGCAAUGAGUAUCCCACCACGAUCGAGAGCGUGGCCGAAACGUGCAACGCCAUGUUUCUGCCCACGCUGGCAGCGAUGUUCGAGACAAAGGAUCUGCGCGGAUGCCGUGUCCGAGGGGCCGAAGAUAUGAAGCAGUUUACGGGACUGGUAUCGCUGGCUAAUUUUGAAGAUAACCUAAAAUCUCUGAACCGCCGGUACGAACGAUCGAUCCUGCGAUGCGGCAUGCUUGAUGAGCGUAUUGCGCUCAGUUCGCGAGUACCCCCGACAAGUCUGCGCCAGCGCUGGAGAGUCCACAACGAUGGGUAUCCGAAGACUCCGCUCAGCAUCAAGUCGCGAGGAACCGGAUUCGGCACCAGGCACCACGAUGGCACCCCGGGAACUCGGGGCUUUGUCACGCCGGAUCAGACCGGGGUCGCUAGUUUCAUCGUGCGUGGUACAUACAGCCAGCUAAUGAAGAAGAUCCAGUGCCACGAACCGGGCAAACCGCGCGGCCCGUUCCUCGAUUUGAUGAGCAACUGUACACCGAGCCCGGUGGCGAUGGUGCUCGAGAAUGUCAGCCAAGUGCGGCAGCGAUUCGUGAUGAAACUGACCAAGCAGGAGGGUUGGAAUCCGCGUACGGCCGAGAGCCGGUUUGAUUGGGUCGAGGCGAUGUACCACCUGCUGGUGGAAAACAUCAUCCCGUGGGAGCUGAAAAAGCACCCGACAAAGCCCGUCUCGAAGAUGAUCUUCGACAUGUGCUCGAACAGCCGUUUCAACGAGACGAUAAUGGUGUGCGCGGCUGAGAUCAUCUUCUUCCUGCGCCAGGAGCAGCACAACUUCCCCUGGAUACUGACCGUGUUCGGUAUGGAACCGUUCCACUUCUACCAGAUUAUUGAGGUGACGGUGGACGCUAACAGUGACAUUCUGACGACGGAGAUCGUGAACCAUCUGCGGCGGGUCGAGGAACAAAUCGUCGAUUCGCUUUGCUGGAAGAGCUCAUCGGUGCUGUGGGAAACCAUGGAGAAGGAUAAAUAUCAAAUACCAGCGUGCAGGGACGUUGAGGUACGGAAUGAUAUCGCGGGUAUAACGCCUCUGAGAGGUGACCCCCCAAUGAACCACCCGAACGGUACUAGAGGCGGUAGCACGAUGGCACUAGCCACAGGUUCUACAUCUGCCGCAAGCACAUCGACUGCCUCCGGCCGUCCGGUUCCGCAUCCGGAUUCGGCCAAGAAAAAGCUCUUCAUUGAUCCUCCUGUGACGCCCUCGAAACAGGCCCCAUCGGCCGCUCCUUCCACGGUGGCAGCUGUGGCGGUGCAUUCCGCGACACAAUCAUCGUCUUCCAGUGCCACUGGGACUGGGUCGACUAGCGGCUCAUCUUCGUCGUCCAUGUCUGCAACAGCCGCAUCGAAGGUGGCAAAUGCGCCAGGUAAUUCCACCAACGGUUCCAUCGGUGAUCCUCCGUCGAUCUCAUCCUUCAGCUCACCCCAGCGUGACAGCAAUGAUCAGCCGUCGACCGAAACGAAGCGGCUGAACUUUUUCUUUCGCAAAAUGUACCACGUUGCGUACUCCAGGUUGUGCAAUUUGUGCCAAGAUCUUGGCAUCGACUCCGACGUCAUCCACAAGCUUAUCUGGACGAUCUUCGAGUACACGAUCACGAAAGGAUCCAAGAAAUUGAUGCGCGAUCGGCACAUCGAUCAGCUGCUCAUGUGUGCCAUCUUCGUGACGGUGCGCAUCAAGAAGUUGCCGAACACGUUCAAGCAGAUCAUGCACUGCUACCACAGCCAACCGCAGGCGAACAGCUCCAUCUAUCGGAGCGUGUUCAUACGCCACGAAAAGGAGGAGCAGCAAAAAUCCGCUGGCGCUGGCGAGGAGAACAACGGUACCAACGGUGCAGAAGCGAACCCACCAUCCGGUGAUCGACCGAAUGGUGACCAGCGGGUUGCGGUAACGGAGAUGGUCGGUACGUCAGUCCAGUACGAUCGCGAGGUGUACGGAGACAUCAUCAAAUUCUACAACGACAUCUACGUUGUGAUUGUGCACGAGUUCGCCAUGCAGUAUUACAACACCGAUGUGUCGCAGGAGUCGCUGUUCCUGUCACCGACUCCCAAGUCACAGCUGCGAAACAUUCAAAAAUCUCCCCGGCAGAUCAGCUCUAACAUCAAUUUGUUCGUGUCGACCACCAACAAGAUCAGCUCGCUUCCGGACUCACCAAUUGUUAAAACCAUCACGUUUCAAGCAAGCCCCGGCCAGAGUCCCACCAUUCACGAUCGCAACACAUCGCAUAUGACAAGGAAACGCGCACCAGACACGUGCGCUCGACGGUUGACCGAAACGGCUGAGUUAGAGCCCGGCCAGGCACCAAAAUUACGCCGGCUUGGGAAAAUUCACGAGGAGCGACGGCAUCAGGAUCACGAAUCUUCGGAGAACGAGGAAAUGGUGGAUCAUUCCGCAUAA